AUGCUGUCCUUCUGGGACGUGGCCAUUGAGUUUUCUCCAGAAGAGUGGGAAUGUCUGGAGCCUGCUCAGUGGAAUCUGUACAGGGAUGUGAUGUUGGAGAAUUACCGCCACCUUGAAUUCCUGGGCCUUGCUGUCCCUAAGCCACACCUGGUGACAUUUCUGGAGCAAAGACAAGAGCCUCCAGGUGUGAAGAGACAAGCAGCAGCCACCAAGCACCCAGGAACAACAUCCAAUGAUUAUAAUGUUUACAACAAGACCAUUGAUUGUAACUCAUUAAGUAUUCAACUGCAGAGAAUUUAUACAAAGGAGAAACCACACAAGUGCAAAGAAUGUGGUAAGACCCUUAGUUCUUACAGAACACUUUCUAUACACCAGAGACUUCAUAGAAGGAAGAAAACUUACAAGUGUGAGGAAUGUGGUAAGGUCCUUAGAUCUUAUAAAACACUUUCCAUACACCAGAGACUUCAUACUGGAGAAAAACCCUACCAGUGUAAAGAAUGUCAUAAGGCCUUCAAUACGCGCUCAUCACUUUUCAUACACCAGAAAAAUCAUACUGAUGAAAAAACCUACAAGUGUGAAGAAUGUGGCAAAUUAUUUUAUUAUUCUUCAAUGCUGAAGCAACAUCAAAGAACUCACUCUGGAGAGAAACCCUACAAGUGUGAAGAGUGUGGCAGAGCUUUUUAUGAUCCUUCAUUCCUUAAGAAACAUCAAAAGAUUCAUUGUGGAGAGAAACCUUACAAGUGUGAAAAAUGUCACAAAGCCUUUCGUUAUCAUGCAAGCUUUAAGAACCACAAGGCAGUGCAUAGUGGAGAGAAACUCUACCAGUGUAAACUGAGUGGAAAAGGCCUUACUAAGCCUGCUGUCGUCAUUGAGGACAAGGCAGCUUAUACUGCAGAGAAAGCCUACAAGUGUGACGAGUGUGACAAGUGUUUUGCGUCACUUGCAUCCCUUACACGACAUCAAAGAAUCCAUUCUGAAGACAAGUCCCACAAGUGUGCAGAGUGUGGCAAAAAGUUUUCCCUCUUUUCAAACCUUGAAGAACAUCAGAGAGUCCAUACUGGAGAGAAACCAUACAAGUGUGAGGAGUGUGGCAAAUGUUUUUUCUCGUCUUCAUCCCUUAGACGACAUCAAAGAAUUCACUGUGAAGACAAUCCUUACAAGUGUGAAGAGUGUGGCCGCUGUUUUCUCUCAUGGUCAGCUCUUAGAGGGCAUCAUAUAGUUCAUACUGGAGAAAAGCCAUACAAGUGUGAAGAAUGUCACAAAGCCUUCCGUUAUCAUGCAAGCCUUAAGGACCACAAAGCAACUCAUACUAGAGAGAAAGUCUACAAGUGUAAACUGAGCAGAAAAGGCUUUACUAAGCCUGCUCUCCUCAUUGAGAACAAGACAGCUCUUACUGCAGAGAACGCCUACGAGGAUGAAGAGUGUGGCAAGUGUUUUUUCUCAUCUUCAUCCCUUAGAAAACAUCAAAGGAAUCACUGUGAAGACACUCCUUACAAGUGUGAAGAGUGUGGCAGGUGUUUCCACUCAUGGGCAUCUCUUAGAGGACAUCAGACAGUUCAUACUGGAGAGAAACCAUACAAGUGUGAGGAAUGUCACAAAGCCUAUCGGCAUGUAUCGUCCUUUAGGAAACACAAGAGAGUUCACACUGGAGAGAAACCCUACAGUGAUGACUUCUCUUUGCAGUAACCCCAACACUUUGUUCAAGCAGUGAGUCUCUUUCUUCUGUAACUGUUCCUGACACCUUUACCAUGUCAUAACUUUGUCCAUUGUUUGUCUGGAAUCUGGCAUUGGCUGUUGUUUCUCCCAGUGGAGUCAUUCGAGCUCCUGGAAUAUCUCCCCUGGUGUGUAGGAAGCUCUGUCUCUCUGAGGUAGCAGGUUUUCACCCAGCAUCUGGCUCCUGAAUUCUUAUUGGUAAGAUAAAAAGAUAGAGCUUAGUUAACCCAA